AUGGUCCGCAAAGCUCGUCAAGCCUCCCAUCGACGAAAAGGGAUCAGCACGGUGUCCCGUGACGAGCGAGCAGCCAAAGACGAGAAAGCUCGGUAUGAGCGCUUUCGGAGACGCAGAUGGGGCAUCAUCAAGAAGAUUUCAGAGUAUGUGGAGAAGUUUGACGCCCAGGCGUGUGUCUUGGUGAGCGAUCGCUAUCAAACCCAUUACUUCACAUCCGGCGAGUGGGUGCGUGAGCCGGAACGGAUACCGGGCGUCAUUCGUGUCUUCGGCCCAGGUCGUCGCGACCUCAGACGUAGAGGUUCAAUGAGCUCGGAGGCCAGCUAUGAAACGGCAAGUGAUCAGCCGGACUUGCGACUGAUACAAGGAUUAUCGACCACGUACGCCGCAUCUUUGAGUGGCUUGAGGAACGUUCUGAGCCGCAUGGUCAAGACGAUCGAGGCAUUGCAAGUGAAGAACACCCUGGACGCAUGA